CAGUACGUUCACUCAGUUAUUCCUGUGAACAUGACCUCCCCGUUGUUUAAAUGACACGUUGCAUUAGUUAAGUCUGUGGGAGACGACAAAAGUUGUCGCCGUCUCUUUGUACCUGAGGCACUUUUAUCAGGUGCAACCAAGUGUGACGACGAGCUGUCACCGAUUGCCUGCAAAACAAGAAGUUGCGAGGAAAACUCCCUGACAACGGAGCCUGUGGCGUUUGGCUGAAGCGAGUGGUGUUUGCUCACUUGUCUUGUUUUUUUAAAGCGUUCAGUAAUAGUCGGUGACGUGUGCAGCCUGCAUGUCUCCGAGUUUUGUCCACCUUCUGAGAGAUGCCAAGAAGCCAUCAAUGUAAACAGUGAAAUAUGGAUGACAUGCCUGAACUCUCCUGAGUCGAGACGUGGAGCAAUUGUUAGCGGAGGUUGUGAGCGCUCCCGGAGUACCGUCGGAAUCGUUGACUUUCGGAGAACCGAGACUUUUUUUUUCAGAUGUAGAAGAGAUGGAGCUAAGCUACCAUGAAGUGCCAAUAUACGGGCAGCAAUCUAUGCUAGCAGUGUUUGAAGAGACCUGCCCUUUACCUGAAGAUGCACAAUUGUACUUUGUGUAUGAGGGCUCAAGCCAGAUGCAUGUAACUAUGGCACAGAGACUUAAUACUAAGACACUGGAGUCAGUCGUUCCGGGUCAUGAUACUCUGGAAGACGUUACAGUUUCCGCCUGCAUGUGUACAGAAAGAAAUUCAGUAUCUAUCCUUGGUUGCAGUAAGAUAACCUACACGGAGGAUAUAGCAUCAAAACUAGCUCAGGUUCUGGUUGAAAGUGCUGACACAGUGACUUGCACGAGUCAUCUGACUCUGCUUGAACGAUUUGGCCUAACUAUAGAGGCUCUGCAGUCUUUAGAUGAGAAGAUGACUGCUGCUUUUGAACACCUAGAGUUACCACCGUCUUGGAAUCUGCUUGGAAAGUGGGCAGGACAAGAGAUAAUCCACAGGGAAACCCUGCUGCAUGUUUCAGUGAGAUUAGGUCUUUAUAAAUUCUCUCAGUUUCUGCUGUGCAAGCCUGGUGGUAUCCAAGCUAUCAUGGUGCCCAAUGAGGAAGGAGUGACACCUGUGGACUUAGCAUUGGAGAACAGGAUGCAAUGCCUUGCUGAAUUUUUCAAAGAUAUUGAGAAUUCCCAAGUCACACCCUCAGUCAGAAUCUAUAAGACUUAUGGUGACAGCCACGUACUACAGAAGUGUGUUAAUGGACCAAACACUUUCAUACUGACCAUGGAAAACAAGAUAAGGCACUCACUGGAGUCAGAUAUUCUACUUCUGCAGAGAUAUAUGCAGGAUGCUAACUUGGAAAAUGCGAUAACUUAUCAGAGAGAUGCAAAUGUAGAUCGACUGAAGUUGAAUCACCCCUCUACAGAGGGAGUCCACAGCGAAGUUAAAGUCAAGCAAGGGUCUUGUUCUGAAACAUAUACCUAUGAAUCUGAUCAGUCAACGGGAAGCACAGACAAGGAGAACCUUGCUAAGCAUGUUAGCACUGAGAGAGAUCAGGCUGGUGCAUUGCUGGAUGAAGUGGAUCAAACCUUACUGGAUACAGAGUGUAAACAUUCUUCACAAGAAUUCUUCAAGAAGUCAAGACCAGGUCCAUCUACCUUUCUGGCUGCAGCAAGACUUUCUUCCAUGCUGAAUGGCAGAGAAGAAAUUUAUGCGAACUGUAUGGUUGUAGAUCAGGUUGAUGAGAGUGGUAUAAACUAUAACAGUAAUAAUGUUACCAUUGGAAAUACCAGUACUGCUAAUGCAUUAUGUGGAAAGUCAUCUGAAGACCAACUUUGCCAGGCUUAUAAUGCCCCUCAAUCUAUGGAACCCAAUACAUCUACAUCGUUAGAGGAUAAUAUACCUAGGAAACAUAUGAGUGAAUAUUCUGAGGACCACACAGACACCCCAAUUCAUAAGGAAGAUCAAGAUAGUUUUGCGGAACAAAUUUCUGAUUUAUCUUCACCUGAUAAUGUUUUAUGCCGAUCCUUCGCACUAUCUCAGCAUCAUGGUUGUGUCAAAGCAGAAAGUCCUUCCACAAGCAUCAACAGUAAACAAAGGUUCAUCUUUGAUGGUAUUGAUGCAGACAGCGAGGGAGAAGAGGUCUCAGAUAGAUCCCAGGGUUCAUGCACCCCAAAGUCUCCAAACUCUGUUGCAUUAUUUGCCAGCAGUGGAGAUGAACUGGACUCUUUUGAGACUCACCAGGAAACAGAGAUAAACACCAGAGAUUCUGAGUCCAAGCCUUCAUCCAGCAGUUUACGGCCAAAGGAGCCUGAAGACACUGGGAUUCGGCUGAGAUCAUACUCCCUUUCCUCGCCUAAAGUCUCUCAAAGCAAAUCUCGAUUCGUAAGGGAUUUUAGUGUGUUUGAUUCCACAAGUGAAGAUGGUGUUUUCAGCAGUGGACGAUCCCUUCUUCAAGCGCUCUCACUGUCUAAAUCAGUUUCUCUGCUACACCAUGGUAAACAGCGAACCUUCAGCCUACCUGAGCACCCGAAAGAGAAAAGAAUUGAAGAGGAGGAGUGGGACAAGUAUAUUAUUCCUUCAAAAGCAGAGACUGAAAAAUAUAAAGUGAGCCGCACAUUCAGCUUCCUCAAAAACAGAAUGACAAGCACCAGAAAUAAGGGAAAGGGGAAACAUAAAGAUACCAAGGAGAAGGAGAAAUGGAGCAAUGGCCAUCACUUCAUGGCAGGAAUUAUUUCAGGGACAGUGCAAUGCAUGGUUUGUGACAAGCUUGUUGGUGGAAAGGAUGGUCUACAGUGCUUCAAUUGUGCCACGAGUAUUCAUAAAGCUUGCAGAGAUUCUGUUCCUAUGUGUACCAAGGUCAAGAAUCUAAAUCCUCAAGACAAAUGUCAUGUAGUAUCCCGAAGCAAGCCAACUCACUGUGUGCACUCUAAUUCACUUAAGGAUGCUUCGCAGUCUACAUUUCUAUCACUGAACGCCACCUCAUCAUCUUUGCCAAUUGGACUUUCUGCUCUCAAACGAGAAAGCUCUCUACAACAUCAGCCCUUGUCAAAAAGUGCCUCUAGUAUUAGUAUAGACAGAAGAAUCAUGGAGUCAAUGGACAUGGAGGUGGAUGGCUUUGUUUCUAGGAACAAAUCACAGUCUGAGGAAUUACUUCAAACAAUGGGGUCAUCGCCUUCAACAGAAUCACUUGCAUUGGAGGAUAACGUGGUCCCUUCAAUGCGUGGAGACCUUGAGUUUGAUGCACAGGAAUUUAAAGCUGAGUCCUGGAGCCUUGCCGUCGAUCAUGCAUUUAGUAGUAAACAACAGAAAGACCUGAUAAAGAGACAAGAUGUUAUAUAUGAGCUGAUGCAGACAGAGAUGCACCACAUUCGGACCCUGGAGAUAAUGUCAGACAUUUUUAGGAAGGGCAUGAAGGAGGAGCUGCAAUUAGAUCACAACACCAUUGACAAAAUAUUUCCCUCUUUAGAUGAGCUUUUAGAAAUUCACAAGCACUUUUUCUUCUGCUUGAAAGAGAGACGGCGGGAAUCUUUUGAGGAAGACAGCGAAAGGAAUUUUUUUAUCAAUAGGAUUGGUGAUAUCCUUUUACAACAGUUUACAGAUGAAAAUGGCAAUAAAUUGAAACAAACGUAUGGUGAUUUCUGUAGCCAUCACAAGGAGGCAGUCAGUUUCUUUAAAGAGCUACAACAACAAAAUAAGAAAUUCCAAAACUUUAUCAGGCAACAGAGCAACAAUCUGCUGGUCCGACGCCUUGGUGUCCCAGAGUGUAUACUACUGGUUACCCAGCGUAUCACCAAGUACCCAGUCCUGCUUGAGCGAAUACUGCAUUACACAAAAGAAGCAACAGAAGAGAAUGAGGAUAUAACUAAAUCUCUCAGUUUGAUAAAGGAUAUAAUAGUGGCAGUAGAUACAAAGGUCAAUAAAUAUGAGAAAGAACAAAAACUACUGGACAUCUUAAAUAAGUUUGAAAACAAAACAUACGCCAAGUUAAAGAAUGGCCGUACAUUCCGGAAGCAAGACCUGAUCAACAGAGGGAGGGAAUUACAGCAUGAGGGUUCGAUGUAUUGGAAAACAGCCACAGGACGAUUGAAAGAUAUCACAGCUCUGCUUCUUACUGAUGUGCUGGUUUUCCUGCAGGACAAAGACCAAAAGUAUACUUUUGCAACUGUGGACCAGAAGCCUGCAGUUAUCUUGCUGCAGAAAUUAAUUGUCCGAGAAGUAGCAAAUGAGGAACGAGGAAUGUUUUUGAUUAGUGCUUCAUCUGCUGGACCCGAAAUGUAUGAAAUGCACACCAACUCAAAGGAGGACAGGAAUAAUUGGAUGAGACUGAUCCGAAUGGCAGUGGAAAGCUGUCCUGAGGAGGAGGAAGAACGAUUAAGCGAAUAUGAAGAGGACAAGCGUAUUGUUGAGGCAAGAGCAGCCAGGACCCGGAAGUUCCAAGAGCGACUGAGUUUCCAGGAUCAGCUAGUUUGCAGUAGUUUGGAGGAGAAGCUGCGAAUCUAUGCAGAGAUGGCUGAAAGAAAUGGCUAUGAAGAAGCAGGUCAGGAAACACAGCUUUUGAUCAAACCAGAUGCCGUUGAGUUUCCACAAGCUGGAUUUUUAUUGACCGCUGCAGUUAGAGAGGCUGAGAGCCUUCAUUCUCUACUGAUAUCUCAACCAUGCAACUUUGCUCGGCAGCCACGGGAAGGUUUGGGCGAACCAGUGACACCACACAAGCUUGAACUGUUUGGGAACUGUAGUUAUAAUGCGUCACAUUCUAUAUAUGCAUCUGACACUAAGAACCCAGAUUCACAGUUACCAGUCACGGAUUCGGUGAUGAGACAGACAGGAGGUGCAUGGUGUGGCUUUGACCCUCCACUUUUGCAGACAGAUGGUGAACUAUACAGACCUAGAUCAGAUAGCACUAUACGAAAGAUAGUUCACAGUGUGCAAAAUAUCACUCAGCUUCUUUACAGUUUACAGGCUGUAGUGACCAUACAAGACAGUUAUAUAGAAGUGCAGCGACUGAUCUUGCAGGAGCGUGAGCGAUUAGCUCAUAUUCAAGGCCCCCGAGGAAACCUACUUCUCGAGCAAGAGAAACAGCGCAACAUGGAGAAGCAAAGGGAAGAACUGGCAAAUGUACGCAAACUUCAAAACCAACUGCACCAUGAGCAGCAGCGCUGGGAACAAGAAUGUGAACGCAGACAGCGGGAGCAGGAAGCACAAGAGAACAGACUACAGGAACGUGAGCACGAAUGUCAACAGCAGGCAGAGCAGAUGUGGCGAGACCGGGAAGAGUUGGAGAGCCAGUGGAAAGAGUAUCAGCAAAACCUAGAGAGAUUGAGGGAAGGCAUGAGAAUGGUGGAAAAAGAAAGAGAUAAGCUGGAGACACAACAGAGGCAUCUAAAUGCCUGGAAACACAGUCGACAGAGGAGCCUGCCAGUGAUGAUGUUCCCAAAGGAAACCAGUCAGGUCCCCAUUCACACUCGAACAGGAAGCUUGGGUGGUGCAGGACUAGAUACAGCAUCAGUCUUUGUAAAUGAGGCAGCACUCCAAUAUUCCCUGAACAGCCACCAGAGAGCAAACAGUAUACGGACGUUUCCUGAAUCUCACAAGAUGGAGAGCUCCUUGGGCUCCAUUGUUAGGAUUAAUGAGAACCUGAAAAAUGACGUUCCUGUUCAGCUUCUGAGUACAACCAAUCAGCUCCUGAAACCUACAGGUAUCCAGCAACAAAUACCAACAAAAUUGGCAAGUUUCUCCAAAGGAAACAAGGAAAAAAACAAAGCUUCCUGUGACCAACCUAACUACACAAAAGAUGAUGUUGCUGAUAAAUUCAGUAGUUCUUCAAGUCACGUGUUAAUGGAACAUCAGAGUUUGAUUUUCCAUUCAGAUCCGAACACCAAGCAAAUGGCCUUGUCUGUUCAGCAACCAACUCCAAGCAGUCUGCAUCAAGGGGGUUUACAGGCACAGCGUGAGAUGCAGCUGUUAGUGCAACCAUGCUCAUAUGUCCCACAGGAAAGCAAAAAUGGACAAGAAGAUGGGGCUGAAGAGGAGAACAUAUUCUACUUCUGAAAGUCCUUUAGCAUUAGCACUUUUAAGUCAAACUGGAACAACAUAUGGACACCUUGACCUCUUGGUCACAUUCAGUUAAAUGUUACAAAUACUGAAAUCUGGCAGUUAAUUCUUUACUAAGCCUUGGAGACCCAGAUAUGCUUAUGAACCUUGAAGUUUCAUGAAAUUUAUUACACUUUUCAGUUUAGUGAUAAGAUUGUGAUAUAUGAAACACUAUUUCAUCUGUUACGUCAUGCUAGCUGAAGCAGUUAUAAAUCAGAAAAGACCAUAUCUAACUUGCAGUCUUCUCAUUUCAAGGACAGGUUUUGAUGUUUUGCCUGUAGUUCUUAAGUUAUUAAUUACAAUAAUCUGAUUUUCUUUAAGCAAAGGUCCAGUUUCUAAGGUUAAACACUAUCUUGCUUACUCGGUUUAAGCUUAAUUUCCCAGAGUCACAGUGGCCUCCCACUAUGCAGGUUCUGUUUUAUUUUAUUAAUUCUACUACCUGUCAUUAUUAAAACUGUUUAAUGUGAUUUAUGACCUACUUAGCCAUUGCUAAAGUUGGCUUUCAGUUGCAAUUUGAUCCUUCCCAUAUACAGUAUAUAUACAUUUUUUCAAUAACAAAUCUUAAAGUCUCCAUGUUUGAUCUAUUUAAGCCCAACUUUUUGUACCAUCCUUUCACAUUCUUGGAACAUAAGAGUGUUCUGGCCUAGCAGAGAGCAUUAUACUCCACCUGACUCGCCAUUAACUAUGCAAAUCUCAUAACCUACUACAGGUUAAGUAUCCUUUAUCCAAAAACCUUGGGGCUGAUUGCAUUUUGGAUUUCAGAUAAUUUUGGUUCUCGGAUACCGUACAUAAACUUACAUUACAAUAGCCUAAGCCUAGGCUAGCUACAAUCUAAAGUAAAUAAAAUGGAAAAGUAAGAUGUAUCACUGAAUAAAUAAUAAUUACAGGAUUCCUGUUUGUUUUUGACAUGUUCACCACAAAAAUUGCAAGGUAAACAGUGCAGAUAAACAACUAGAUUCCUCGUGUUAAAUGUCGAUGAGGUUCAAAAAAAGUGCAUUUUUUUGGAUGUGUUCAGUUUUCAGAUUUACUGAUAAAGGCUACUCAACCUGCAUAGUAAAAGCAAGAUACUGCGGAUGCUGGAAAUCUGAAAUAAAAACAGGAAGUACUGGAAAAACUUAGCAGCUCUGGCAGCAUUUGUGGAGAGAGGCAGAGUUGACGUUUAGAGUCCAUAUGACUCUUCUCCAGAGCUGAGAUGACCUUCUAGUUUCUUAUCAACUUUAGUUGCUUUCUGUGACAUAUAGUUAUCCGUAUAUUGAAUUUGCCAACACUAUCCAUCUCCACUGAUACCCUGGACAAUUUGUGCCAUACAUUCACCAUCCUCGAUGUAAAGUCAUUUAAUCAAAACUGCCUAUUCUCUUCCUCUCUUGUGAUUCUGUGACCUUUAUUGUAGAAUUUGUGUUUAUGUUAAAUAUAGUCCUAUAUUAAAGAAAAAACAAACUUGCAUUUAUAUAGUAUUUUUCAUGACUCCAAGAUCUCCUAAACCAUUUUACAGUCAGUGAAGUGCUUCGGUUCAAUUUAUCUAUACACCUUAGAUUCCUGAACAUAUCAAUGACAUUUCUUAUGUACUGUCUCCUUAUAGUACAGGUACCUAGUCCAAAUUAUCAAUUUAGUUCACUGUAAUGUCACAAAUGCCGUGUUAUCCUCACUGUAAUAUGGGUGGCCAGAAUCAUAUACAGUACUCCAGGUGGUGCCGCAGCACUGCUUUGUACUAAUUCAUUGCAGGUGGUUUGAGAUUUGUGUUUUAUCCCUCUGGCUGAAAACCUCAAGAUCUUGUUCGUUUUUCUUUUCAUUGUUGUCACACAUUGUACUGUGGUUUCAAAAGACUACCCACAGACAUUUCAUGUCAUCAUCCUUUGCUGUGACCUGCAGAGUAAUGCAAAUUAGGUUAUAUUCCCACUGCUUAUUCACCUUCAGUCUCAUCCCUUUGCAAACAGCAAGUGCCCAUUACCAGUCUAAUUUCCCGAUCUAAAAUCUCCUUUUGUAUUUGCUGUUUGUUCUGCUAUUUGUAGUCCUUUUCUUCACCCACGUACCCCAGGUUUGAUACUAUCAACAUACUUUGCUUCUGUUCCCACUUCCAAACAAUUUUCACAUAUAUUGUAAAUAAUAAUGGUCCAAGCACUGAUCCCCAAGGUUAGACAUCUCCUUCCUGCUGAUGCAGUUCCAUAUGCAGCUCUCUUUCAUUUCCUCUGAUUCAGCCAAUUUCCAAUUCGCUACGGAAACUUGGCUGCCAUUCAAGGAAAUGUGUCCCUUGAGUUUGUUAACCACUAGAACAGUCAACCAUUAUCUUUGCAUUUCUUUGCUGAACCAUUAUUAGUGACAAUCCCUGGUCCAUUUUAUUUGCAUUUGUUUCAAAAUAUCAAGAUUUGUUGCACGUGCUUUUUCUAAAAUACUGAUUAAGUUCAAAUACAAUGGCCUGGAAUGUCUUUCAUCUUUAUUGCCCAACUUCCCCUGCACAGGAUAGCCACCUUAAUACGUGGAUUUUUGCCUUACAGUAUAGGUGUACUGAUGGUCCAGUGCAAGGAAGACCACACACCACCGAAGAUAUCCAAUUGCACUAAAACUAUGCCCAUGUUUAUACUUUUCUUUUUAUUAUAAAGGGACUGGAGUAUAAGAGUAAGGAAGCCUAGCAGCAAUUGUAUGGGCUUUGGUGAGCCCACACCUGGAGUACUGUGUACAGUUUUGGUCUCCUUACUUAGGGAAAGAUAUACUCGCCUUAGAAGGUUCACUAAACUGACUCCUGGCAUGAAGGGAUUGUCCUGUGAACAGCAAUUGAGUACAGUAUGUCUAUACUCCCUAGAUCUAAUUAAAAUAUAUAAAAUUUAUAAGGUACUUGACAUGUUUUUUGCUGGGAGGAUGUUUAUCUUGGCAGGAAUUAGGGCUUACAGUCUUAGAAUAAAGGCAUUGGCCAUUUAGGACUGAGAUGAGGAGAGUGCUGCGGGUGCUCAGCCAUUGACUUUAUUUAAAUCAGAGAUUGGCAAAUUUUUGGAUACUAAGGGAUUCACGGGCCUAUGGGGAUAGUGUGGAAAGGUGUAGAUGAGUCAGAAGAUCAGCCAUGAUUUUCUUGAGUGGCGGAGCAAACUAGAGGGGCUGAAUGGCCAACUCCUCCCAUUUCUUAUGUUCUUCAAAUGAGACUCUCUCCCACAUUAUGACUACAUUUACACUUCAAUUAUUGAUCAUUUUGUGCAUAAAUCUGUCAAAUGACAGCGCCUUAAUUGGAUUACAGAACCAAUUUAGUCAAUCAGUACCAAGUCAAUCAUAGCAGAGGAAUCCCACCAUAAACUUCUGUGUUUCUCUGCCUCUCUGCCCUCCCCUUUAAAUUGCUCCUUAAAACCUACCUCUUAAUAAAACUUUAUAUGGCUCAGUGUUAGAUUUUGUCUGAUACCAUUCUGCGGCUAUGCCUUGAGCUGUUUUUUAAUUAUGUUAAAGGUGCUAUAUAAAUGCAAGUUGUUGUUGUUACAGAAUGAAGUUAGAUAAGACCUGAAGGGCAUAAUAGAUAAACUAAUAAAAAUCAUUAGUUCUUAUUUAGUUGACCACUUCUACCAUAUUAGGCUGCAUGCAUCAAAUAAAUGCAAUACUCCAAACUCAUAGUAAAUUUUGUACACAAGUCAGUUCCUAGCUGCCUUUCACCCUAGAAUAUUAUUAAAUGCCUGACAUCUCUGAGUGAGUGCUCAGGUAUGUUAAAUAUCUAUUUGCUUAAGAAAUGGCAUAAAUUAUGCCUUGAGCUGCAAUGCUAAUAUGGAUGAAGCUAGAUUGAAUGAACAUUUGAAUUUAGCUGUAACCAUCGCAAGCUAAAUCGAUACUAGAUCCUGUACAAUAAUUUUGUUUAGAUUAUCAUGUAACUGGUUUUAUAACUGUGAUGAACUUUCUUAUUUGUGUAUUUAGAGCUAUAGUAAUAUUCACAGUGCCUGUGUUCUGAACCAUCAGAAUGUGCAUUCAAUUAUAUUAUAUAGAUCAUUGGUUUAAAUGCAGCACUCAUUGUGGCAGGAACCAUGGCGACCAGGCUCACUUAAUCAUGGGAGAGGACCUGCGUCUUUCUCCCAGUGGUGGGUAAAUCUUCCUUGAUUAAGUGGGAAGGCAGAAGGGGCAGACACGGGACUCCUGGCAGCAUACCAAUUAAACUCAACAAUGAGCCAAUUAGCACCAAUGAUCCCUGAGCCCAUCACAAUUUACCGUUCGCUCAAGGAUUAAGUGAAGGCAGCAUGGCGAGGGUGGGGAAAUCCCUCGCUACCAGCACUCUAUGCCAGAUUGAGUAAUACACCAAUGGGCCUUGAGGUGGCCACUGAAUUGUUGGCGUGUGAGCAGCUGACACCCAUGCAUGCCCAACAACUGAAAUAUCGCAUGGGUGUGCGAUGACAUCAGGAUGCUCAUCCAAUGUCAUCGCGCAUCAUUUUAUGCUUGAGCGGGUCGAGCAUGUGCCUGCCCACUCAAAGAAAAAUCCUGCCCCUAUUCAUGAAACUUGUUCAAAGGUUUUAAAUCUCUUUAAGUGGUUAAUCUUUGAUUUUAAAAAAAGCUUCUAUUCAUAGUCCACAACAUGGUAUCUUUAAACUGUCAAUCAAACUGUGAACUCAGAACCCUCGCCGCCCCCCCCCCAACUAAGAUAAUUGUAGUUUUUGAAACUCAGCUAUGCAUUUAUAAUGAUGUAAUAAUGGCCCUUGGGAAAUGUCAACAAAGAACACUAUUAAACUGCAUGAACAGAUGGUCAUUUUUUUUCAACUUACACCAGAUGGAAUGUCAAUCAAAGCAGUCUAGCAGUGUGAUUUUUUUAACCUCCACUAAGAGCUUAAUUCUCAUAUUUUCAUGUUUAAAGAGCAAGGGAUUUAAAAAGCUUAAAAUCAUGACACUUAAACAGACCUUCAAGAGCACUCAGGUCUAGUCUAUCAAUUUGUUACUCCCACAGCAGGCUAAGGCCCUUGGAGUAGCCAAAAUGGUUUGAACUCAGAACUAAGCUUAAAUGUCCCUGCUAAGUUUGGGUUUCCUGCCUGUUUGAAUCACACCCUGCCCCCUUCCCCCACCAGCAAAAAAUUAGAUCCAUCAGAAAUGGGGACAGGACUUACUCAUCCAGGUCCUGACCACCAUUAUUAAGAGCCCAUGACCCGGACUGCACAAAAUCCAGCCCUAAGUCCAAAUACUGCUCACGUGAUCACUUACCAGGUCAGAAAAUUGUAUCACUUAACCAGCUAACCUCAAUUAACCUGCUUAUAGACCAAAGCAGAAUAACAUCAGGUUAUACUAUAUGUACACCUGCUGCCAAAUACAGGGGUAGGACUAUAUAUUCUUACAUAUCUGUAGCCGAUAGAUUUCAAGAUGCACCAAUAGAGCUAAUAACUUACCAGUGCACAUCAUUAUUAAAUGAAUUACUGGUAAUUAUUUUAUUAGAUGGGAUGACAGUUAAGAAAGAGUAGCCAGUGCAAAAUUGACCAGUUGAUUCUCAUAAAUUAUGAAGUGUUUAUACUCCAACCACAUGAUAAUGGUAAUAAAUUUGGAAAGGAUUCCUCUUAAAAUCAAUCUUUGCAGUAUAGAUACUGGUAUCAGCAUUGUAUAAGCACAGCCCUGUUGUGAGGUCAAGAGUAUGCCUUUCACCUCUGUUGUGUCUCCACUCAUACCUGCUUACCAAACCUGCAAUAAAGUAAUUGUAGAUUUUUGACUGGUGCCCAGACUGAGGUAAUUGUGGUACAAGUGCAAACAUGGCUUUAAGACUUUUGAUAUAUAUAUAUAUAUAUAUAUAUAUAUAUAGAAGAUACUGCCUCCAGUAGCAAAAACCUGAAAUAUUAACACACUGGCUCUGAACAUGUCUUAAAUUGCACCUAUUGUAAUCUUACCACCUAAAAUUCAAAGGAAUGAAGAAAACAAUUAGCAAUAUUGUAGCAUUAGCUUCAUGAGGAAGUGUAUAAAACUAUAUUUUAAUUAUGGAGGAUCAGAAGUCAGAAUAUGUUUCAAUUUCAUCACAAUGAGGUCAGUUCUCAAACAAUGUAAUGAUGUGUUUACCACGAUUUACAUAUUCAUGUAUGGUGGGUGAGGGGGUGGAUAGCGCAACACUAUGAACAGUAAUCCUUUAAAACCAGAGCUGAUCAUUUCAAGAUGGUGGAUGAAGGAUAGAUUACUGAACACUCAUGGAAAUGAUUUAAAGGAGUUUCAGCACCACAACGUCACAGAAUGGAAAUAAAUUCUUAAGCAUGCAGUUACUUCCUGCUAAUGCUGCAAAAAUGUUUUGUAACUGGAAACUUAAUUAUACUUAAACCCUAAAGCAGAACCUCAUUUGGAACAUUAGACACAUUAUUGAAAGUGGUGAGUCAUCACACAAGUCACACCUCCUCAGCACUAGGUUAGACAUACAGUCGAGAGUGUACAGUUUAUUGUUUAAAUGAAUUUUUAAAAGAAUAUAUAAACACAUAACCAAACAAAGGCUUCUGGUGGCUAUCAUAUAUCUUGAACUGUAAAUACUGAAUUGAAUACAUAUUCAUUAGCUUCUUCCAUUUCUUGCACUUUUGAUAUUUAGAAUUGCUGAAUUGCAAAAUGCAGGUUUUUAUAUAAAAAAAAUCUGCAGUUGAAGUGAAAAUGUGCAUCUUGUGUCAUCAACCUCUUAAAAGAUCAUGACAAAUGUAAUUAUUUCUUAAUGUAUAAAACAGAAUAAUGUUGAGUUUUAUAGAAUGUUCCAAAUGAACCUUAUCUGGCAGACAGUUUAAUAAAGUCUGAACAGGUAUUCUGGAGUGUCUUUGUGCAAUGUAUCUAAUUAACUCUUCUGCUGCUGAUGUUUGUAUAGCAAAACAUAGCAUGUAACUAACUAUUCGAGCAUUCAAGUCACUGAUAAGAAAAAAAAGCCGGAGUUAAUUGGCUUCUCGGUUGUUUUUAAAAUGCACAAAACCCUGAUGUUGUUCAAAUGUAGAAAUUGAAUAAAUUGCUGCAAGAAAAUCAUUUAAAAAUAGAACUCGAAGAAAAUCACCAUUGGGAAAACCUAACCUUUAAGUAUCUCUGGCUAUAAUGAACGAAGUAGUAAUUGGGUGUGAUUAAUCAUUCAAAUAGAAAAUAAUUAUGCCAAUGAACUCCUUCUUGGCAGGAAAGAUUAAAAAACUAAUUAGUUUAAAAAGUAGGCCACCAAGGGCCAUCAGGCAUUGAUCACAUCUCUGGUAGAUGGUUUAGCAGCAUCCGGCAUUUUAUUUUGAAUGUAAAUGUCACUGAACACAUCAUUCAUCUUGUUUAUUUGCUUUAAAGUAAAUUAAAUAGCUU